AUGGCAUCCUUUCAAACAUGGCACAAGCGCAGUGCUAUACUGCUAGCCUUUUGGACCGCCGUGGUGCUCUCCCUUCCAGCAUGGUGGUACCUCACCAGCAUCCAGCGACUGGCUCUGCCUCAAGAGCGCGUGCAAGAUUGGGUGCAAAGGGGCCAUUGUCCCAUUCGCAUCCCGCUUGCCAUUGUCGUGGAGGUGGGUGUGGGGGGUGAAGCAGGGCAAAGUGCAUCUGCAUCUGCAUCUGCGCAUGCAUUGCGGCAUGAGCUGGCAACGCUCUUGCACUCGACGCGCACUCCUACGCCCAAUUGCGAGCAGGUCAUGCAAGUGCAAGUGGUUGCAGAAGGAGAAGCACAACCAGCGCAAGCGCAGAUCAGCCAUCAGCACGGAAGCGCACACCUCAUCACCUUGUCCCUCUCUGCCAGCGCACCGCUCAGCCUCGCCAACGACCUUGCAUCCUCCUCCUCCUCCUCCACCGCCAGCAUCGCUGAUCAAGCGCACGCCAUUCAUCAAGCCAUCUGCAAGUUGCUGCAGCUCGAAGCGAUCCCCACCUCCAUCUCUGCCCGCGAGAUCCCUUACUCUCGCAGAGUGCGAACUGUCUGGCACUUGCUCAACGAAGACGCCUCCGUCAGCCGAGCCAGCAAUCAUACCAGCUACUCGGGUCUGAGAGGGUGGGAUGCGCAGGCUCUCAAUCAUGCCCUCAUCCGCCACAUCGGUCCCAUUGCCCAUCAUCUCGAUGCUAUUCACGAUAUCGCUACGGAAUCGCAAGUCAAAUGGUACGCACCUCUUGACUUUCAGCCUGUCGAGAUGCACGUGCCUGGCGAGAGCGUGCCAGAGGUGCUGGCAACUGUGGCACAGGCGCAGAGGCAGCAGCGCGACCACCAGAGCGCGGAUGAUGAUGAUCAGGUGACGCGCGAUGCGAGCACGCAAGACGAAGCGUCAAAGGCGCGUGACAGCGACGAGUCGGCGGAUGCGGAAUCAUUACCGAGCGAGGAGCAGCAGCAGCUGGUGACCGGCAUUGCGCUUCCAGAGCUUCCGCAGCCAAAGAAGGUGCACCUGAUCACCCCGGAUGAUCUGACCGUCUUUGUCAAUAGCGCUGCCUGGGGUCUAUCAUCACCCUCACCGGCGGGCGAGUACGAGUUUCCAAGCGCUCCUUGGACCAAGCGUUUGGAAGAGGCGCAAGAACAUGCAUGGGGCUCCGAGGAGUUGGAAGAAGAGAGGACGCUUCAUUUCGUCCUUUUUGUUGCUGCGCCUCAUCACCGACCGCUGCUCAUCCAGACCCACAACUCCACGGCAGCUUCCAACUCUAGCGGCUUCUUGCUACCUCAAUGGGGAGGCGUCUUUCUGCACAACAUUGCAGAGGUGCAGGCGGCUUCAGAUGUUGGGGAUGCGCUAGCACCCGCGCUAGGCUCCGACGAUCUGGACCCGGCUAUGCGCGUCUUUGCUUCCCAAUUGAGAGCACUCUUGGGUCUGAGAAUACCAAUCUCGCCCCGAGGUAGUACGCAAGGGCAGAGGGAAGCGCGCAUAGCAGUAGCUCGUCAAGCUCUGCUUCGAAGACGCAUCGCAGAGACUGCGAGGGAGGCGGUCAGGACGCUGGAUGGCAUCAUCAAGCUUACGCACAAGAUUGAGAAUCUGGGAAUCGGACCGAGGGUCAGGGAUGAUGUGAUGAGCGCAUUGGAUGCGUUGGAUCAGGUGAGUCGAGCCGGACCGGAGACAAUACAUCAGCGAGACACUCUUCUUGGAGUGCCGCGCUGCUCUGACAGAAACGCCAUGCUGCCCCCUCCUUCCACUCUGCUUGGACGCAGCUCGAGAUGGAAUUUCGAUUGCAAGAUUCCUCUGCCGGAUCGACGUCCGAGCGACUAUCUCGGGCGCUAUCGCACAGCAGACGAGCAGCAUCUCACGCUUCCAGAGCAUUCUUCAAUAGAGACAUGCUAGCACUGCUCUACUUUCCCGCAGAGCACAAGUAUGCCGUGUACACGCCAUUAUUCGGACCUGUUGCUGUACCCCUCUUGGUCGCUUUGGCUAGAUUGGCAAAGGAGAGGCGCAAAGCGAGAAGCGCGGAAAAGGAAAAGGAAAAGGAGAGCAGCAAAAAGGAGCGGUGA